CGUAUAGUACACAAACGAAAAUAUCGCUGGCAAUCGAUUUAACUGUCUCAGCUUAUAAUUAAACUGUCCGAGAGAUCGUGGAUAGUUCACGACUAGCUCUCGCAAUAGUUUCAACAAGUCUAAAUCAUAUGUGUUAUUUUUUUCCUAUUCUCAUAUCUAAAAGAUCAAGUGAAUAUUUUUAUAAAAAAUGUCUGAGAAUGGAAAUGAAAAUAUAAAUGAAGAGGUGGAUUCGUAUCCACCUUGGAAUUUUUCUUGGGUGGUUGACAAUAAAUUAGCCGCCAUGGCUUGGCCUCAAAACAAAGAAAAUCUCCGCUACAUCUAUGAAGAAGGGGUUCGUCACCUCGUCACUUUAUCCCCGGAGAAACUACCCCCAAUCGAACAAUUUCCACAGCUCGAAUGGACUAGUAUUCCUAUUGAAGAAUUCGGAGCGCCCACCAUUAAAGAUAUCUUAAAGUUUAUCGACGUGUGCCAAAAGUGCCAACAAAAAAAUCAGGUUCGUCUCAUUUUAUUUUUGCUUUGUUUCCUUUUUACUAAUGUUGUAACCGAAAUGUUUUUAUUUACUAUUUUUAAUGUUCCUUUCUUUUAUGGUUCAAAGAAAAAUCUUGAACUUGAAUAGUUUUUUGGCACAUAUUCUAAUACUUAAAUAUAACUUGAAUAUGCGAUCCAAGAAUUUAUUUUUGGGUUGCCAUGUGCAAAUUGUAGCAACGCUUAAUGUUGUGAUGCACGUUUGAGUUUCCGGGUUCAUAAUUUAUAAGCUAUUAACAUAGGUUCGUUAAGUGUUUUCGUUUUCGCAAUGGAAAUACUUUCGUUUUACACUAAUUGAAAAAAAAAAAGCAAACAGUAAUAAAUUAUUUUAUAA